AUGGGUAUUAAACACCUAUUCCAGGUGAUCUCUGAGAAUGCCCCCGAUGCAAUUAAGACGGGCGAGAUCAAAAACCAUUUCGGCCGCAAGGUCGCAAUUGAUGCAUCUAUGAGCAUCUACAGUUUCCUGAUCGCCGUGCGCUCAGAGGGCCAGCAGCUUAUGAAUGAGACUGGUGAGACAACAUCACACUUGAUGGGCAUGUUUUACCGAACCCUGCGAAUGGUCGACAAUGGCAUCAAACCGCUAUACGUUUUCGACGGUGCCCCACCCAAGCUGAAGUCCGGCGAGCUGGCAAAGCGUGGUGCGCGCAAGGCUGAAGCUCACGAAGCUCACGAGGAAGCCAAGGAGACUGGUACUGCGGAGGAUGUGGAGAAGUUUGCGCGACGCGGGGUGCGAGUCACACGCGAGCACAACGCAGAAUGUAAGCAGCUUCUGAAGCUGAUGGGUAUCCCCUAUAUCGAUGCUCCCACUGAAGCUGAAGCCCAAUGCGCAACUCUCGCACGCGCUGGCAAGGUCUACGCGGCUGCAUCGGAGGAUAUGGAUACUUUAUGCUUUGAGUCGCCCAUUCUGUUGAGACACUUGACUUUCAGUGAGCAAAGGAAGGAGCCCAUCCAGGAGAUUCACUUGGAUCGGGCACUGGAGGGCCUGCAGAUGGAUCGCAGUCAAUUCAUCGAUCUUUGCAUUCUGCUGGGUUGCGACUACCUCGAGCCCAUUCCCAAAGUUGGACCCUCGACUGCUCUCGCGCUAAUCCGUGAACAUGGUAGCCUGGAGAAAGUACUAGAGUUCAUGGAGAAGGACCCAAAGAAGAAAUACGUGGUCCCGGAGGUUUGGCCAUACCAAGAUGCGCGUGAUCUGUUCAUCUCUCCAGAUGUGCGCGAUGCAGACCACCCCGACUGUGAUUUCAAGUGGGAGGCUCCAAAUGUGGAUGGGCUGAUUGACUUUCUGGUCACCGACAAGGGAUUCAACGAGGACCGUGUACGAAAUGGUGCAGCACGACUGACAAAGAACCUGAAGAGCGCGCAGCAGUCACGUUUAGAGGGAUUCUUUAAGCCAAGGGAACGCACUGAUGACGAGAAGGCCAGUCUCAAGCGGAAGCAUGAUGAGAAACUCCAAAAACAAAAGAAGCAGAAGAAGGACGAUGCGAAGGCGAAGAAAGACGCGAAGGCCAAGCCGCGUGGUGCAGGCUAA